CGGAGACUCCACCGCAAGCAGCCGCUCGGCAAGUAGUUUGGAAGGAGAAGUAGCAAGCCGGUGGCGCCAGGCAGGCCAGGACCCGCCUCGAGGGGACGGUGAGAGGCACACACGUGGCAGGUCCUAGGACGGUGGCCCCGCCUUAGCCUAGAUUGCAGCUCCUCCUGCUCCAGCAACCUUAGAUGCCAGCCUUUCCCCAGUUAUACAGGGCGGGCACCGCUUGAUCCCUCUCCUCUGUGCCAGGCUGAUCUGAGCCAGUUUGCUGCCCCUAAUUUCCCCCCUGCCCUCCCCCUCCCCAUUGAUCGUUGUGUCCUUUUACAUCCAGGAGUCCGGUAGGGGGUUCAUACCCCCAACCCCUCCCGUGCCAGGCUGGCCCAGGUUCCUGAUGCCCUAGAAAAUUAAUUUCCCCUGGCAAGCCCUCUCCUCCAACAUCACAUGCAACACACCAACACACUGCAAGGCACCCAUCUAGUGCAGGGACGUCCCUGGGCACAGCUCCCCCUCCUUUUAGGCCUCAUGCCCUGCUUCUUGUGGAACUCCUUUUAAUGCUGGUGUGAGGAUCAAAGGCCACCUACUCACUCUCCUGCCUCACACACCUUGCCAGGCACCCAGAAAGGGCCCUUUGCUCCUUUCACUGCCGUGUCAUCUGUUCUGACACUCUGCCGAAAGGUGGGAGCUGAUGGCAAAGCUGUGACUGGUUAACCUGGGUUGGGUGGCUCCAUUGAGAACCUCUGCCCACCCUCCUGAUUCCUGGGCACAGACCUUAGUGGUCCUGGUUCUGGAGAAGAGGGCAUAGCUCCUGUGCCAAACUGACUAAACCCCUUUGUUUCCUGCCACCAUUCUGCACUGACUCUCUGUUGAACCCCUGUGCCAACUCUAUGCAGACACAAUUAACUCUUCCUUAUACUGCCUCUGUCUCUCUGCAACCAUUGUAGCUACGUGGCAUCUGUGCUUGAAAGCCCCAUUUAUGGAUCAUCUCUGUCAAAAUUAGCUGUGAGACAUAUGGACAGAGACUCCCCCUUUUCACUGCUGUGACACCCAGUACUGUGAUGAAGCAAAGGGGGAAUCGCUUCCUCUACAUUCAUCUUUUUGCAACUGUGCAGAGCUGUAGACCAGUGUCAUUUGAGCCUUCUAUGACUCUCACAGCCUUUGUGACGUCACACCUGCAUUCCAGGCGUGCUCCAGAUUCUUAAAAAACUUGCCACAGUGCUAGUGUUUAGGGCAUAUAAUCUGUGCUAAGUUCACCAUCUAUUUGUGGUGGGGGACAGCAGAGCUGGUACCCUCCACAGCUGCUCAUCACUGCCCCUGCCAAAGCAAGACCUAGGGGGACCACCUGUUCUUCUACCAGCCCCCCCUCGCGCUUGUGUAGCCCUACUUUGAACCCCUGACACCCUUGGCACUUCUGUCGUGUUUUCGGGUCCCACAUUUUCUAGAAAACUCAUCAUCUCAUGCAGCACACACUGUCCUAUUAGGGUCACAUCCCCUGCACUGAUCUUAUCCAGUAGGAAAUACUUCCCAUUUUAUCCUUCUCAUGCUGCCAGGCAAAGUACAGCCUGCUCCCUAGGCCAGUUGUCUAAUAGCACAGCAACUGCCUCCAGUCUGCCUUUUUCUAUUGCCCUGUUCCUGACACUCAGCUGAAGUGAGCACGAGCCCUAUCUCUUGUGCGGGAAGUAACUUCCUUUAACCACGCACACACUCCCAAGUCUCCAAGCCCAACUUCAUGGGCCUUGACAAUGGCCUCAGAAGCAGUGAAAGUGAUUGUGCGUUGCCGCCCUCUGAACGAACGCGAAAAGCAGCUCGGCUGCAAGGUGGUGGUCAACAUGGACAGUUCCCGUGGCCAGUGCUUCAUCCAGAACCCUGUGGCGGCAGAAGACCCACCAAAACAGUUCACCUUUGAUGGGGCAUAUAACAUGAACCACAACACAGAGCAAAUCUAUAAUGAAAUUGCCUACCCACUCAUAGAGGGUGUUACAGAAGGCUAUAAUGGUACCAUCUUUGCCUAUGGACAGACGGGAAGUGGGAAGUCAUUUACCAUGCAAGGGAUUCUGGAUCCAUCUUCACAGAAGGGCAUAAUUCCCAGAGCUUUUGAACACUUAUUUGAGAGUGUGCAGUGUGCAGAAAACACAAAGUUCUUGGUAAGGGCUUCUUACCUGGAGAUCUAUAAUGAAGACAUCAGAGACCUCCUUGGUUCAAACACCAAACAAAAACUGGAGCUGAAGGAGCACCCAGAGAAAGGGGUCUACGUGAAGGGCCUUUCACUGCACACAGUGCACAGCAUCGCCCAGUGUGAGCGCAUCAUGGAGACGGGAUGGAGAAACCGUGCUGUGGGCUACACCCUGAUGAACAAGGACUCCUCCCGUUCCCACUCCAUCUUCACCAUCAACAUGGAGAUCUAUGUCGUAGAUGAGAGGGGACAAGAUCACCUGAGGGCUGCAAAACUUAACCUGGUGGACCUGGCUGGGAGCGAGAGGCAGUCCAAAACCGGAGCUGUUGGGGAACGUCUCAAAGAGGCUACUAAAAUCAACCUGUCUCUCUCAGCACUGGGCAAUGUCAUCUCAGCCCUGGCGGAUGGGAGGUGUAGACAUGUCCCUUACCGAGACUCCAAAUUGACUCGAGUGCUACAGGACUCACUUGGAGGCAAUACUAAGACGCUCAUGGUGGCGUGCUUAUCUCCCGCAGACAACAAUUACGAUGAGACUCUCAGCACCUUGCGCUAUGCCCACCGAGCCAAGAACAUACGGAACAAGCCCUGCAUCAAUGAAGAUCCUAAGGAUGCUCUGCUGAGGGAAUACCAGGAGGAGAUCAAGAACCUGAGAGCUGUUUUGGCUCAUCAGAUGAACAUAAGUAACCUGCAAGUGGAGUUGUCUCACCUGCUGCCUUCUGAGGCUGCUCAGCCUGAGGUGAAGCUAGAGCCUUCUCUUGAAUCCCUGGCAGAUAUUGAGAAGGAGAAGCAGUUAAUCCGAGAAGAGUAUGAGGAGAGACUGGCUCGGUUGAAAGCUGACUACGAAGCUGAACAAGAAUCUCGUGUCAGGCUCGAGGAAGAUAUCAGUGCCUUGAGGAGUGCUUAUGACAUGAAGUUCUGCAGUUUCGAUGAGAACCUCCGGAAAGAAGCAGAAACCACCCAGCUAGUUGAAGCCAUUGCUAACCAAGCCCCUUUGCUUCCAGGCCCUGCUGGAGAGACAGAAGUCUCAGCCAAGGAGCCCAACACAGUGGAACCUCCUGCUCCUCUUGGGGCCCAGCCCAUGGAGAAAGCCAUGAGACCGGGCACACCUGGGACCGACGUGGCUGAGGAACUUCCUGUGGCAGUGAACCAGCAGCAAGUCCUUGCCAGAUUGCAGAUGUUGGAGCAGCAGGUGGUAGGCGGUGAACAGGCCAAGAACAAAGAUCUGAAGGAAAAGCAUAAACGGCGAAAGAAAAUUGCAGAUGAGCGGAAGAAGCAGCUGCUGGCAGCUUUGCAGAAAUCAGAUGAGGAUAGCAGUGACUGGGUCCUGCUCAACGUCUAUGACUCCAUCCAGGAAGAAGUGCGAGCCAAAAGCAAAUUGUUAGAGAAGAUGAAAGAAAAGUUGCGGGCUGCUGAGACUGAAAUCAAAGACCUUCAGUCAGAAUUUGAAAUGGAAAAGAUUGAUUAUCUGGCCACCAUCCGCCGCCAAGAGCGGGAACUCUUGCUUUAUCAACAGCUCCUGGACCAGGUGCAGCCCCUCAUACGGCGGGACUGCAAUUACAGCAACUUUGACAAAAUCAAACGGGAGUCUACCUGGGAUGAGGAAUCAGGCUGCUGGAAAAUCCCAGAGCCUGUUACUCAAAAGACCAGUCUCCCUGCAGCAGUUUCAUCCUUGUCACAGACCAAAGCCGGCAGGAAGAGUUCAUCAUCGGAGAAUGGGGAUGCAGUGACAAUGCAGGAAGAAGACCGCUACAAAGUGAUGCUGAGCAAGAGCGACAGUGAAAAUAUUGCCAGUAACUACUUUCGCUCAAAACGAGCAAGCCAGAUUCUUAAUGCUGACCCCAUGAAGAGUCUUGCUUCCCAUAACUCUCCCCCUUUGCUGAACAACAGCACCUCCAUCCUAACAUCCAGCUUGACAGCCCCUGCCCAGACUGUGGAGAUGCCCCAGCCACGUCCUUUCCGCCUCGAAUCCCUGGAUUUCUCCUCUCCUUCAGCCAAGACAAAGCGCAAGAAAAGCCGGAACAACCUGAGCAGCGGCGACCCUCUCUGACUGCUGUGGCCCUUGGUCUGCUUGCAGUUCUCUCUGGCCAAUAGCCAACUGUCCUUCACUGGCCCCUGUGUUGAUAACCACAGCUGCUUUUCAAAGGGAUCCAUGGCUUUUCUUUCCCUUUGGCGGAGAGUGAAAGCGAUUAAAUGCUGCUUCCCACAGGCUAUAGUCUGGUCAGCCCUCCAUAUUCAAGUUGGGGCUGGUACCUCUUGCUGUUACCCAUUCCUUUUGCCAUUUUGUAGUGACCCUGCCUUUCAGCCUGUUCUUUCUCUCCCAAUCAUUGCAAUACACAGCAGCAGGAAGGGAAAUCAAACCCAGAACAGAUGGAUGAAGAAUUCUUGGUGGUGGACCUUUAGCUUCACCUGCCCCAAGCGUUGUCUUUUGUCCCCUUAAUUUGUUACAGGGCAGGACACUGGUGAGCAUCUCUUCUCAGAAAAUCUCAAAGCCUACUUGGUAGCCUGUAGCAUCAUUGCUGUACCUGUACAGCUCACUCUAGAUCCUGACUCUGCUUUCAUUUUGGAGUGUGGGAGAUUACUAAGAAGAGGAGAGAGGAUACCUUUUCUAUUCUCAAGAGUGAAUGAUGCCCAAAGAAAGGUCUUUGCAAGAAGGGAGGGUUGGAUUUUGAGUAGUCGGGAACAACAGUGCUCAAGAGAGAGCCUGCAAGGUGAUAAAUAGCUUCAAUUUCUGCUGUGUGUGAAGUCAGCCAGGUGGGAAAUGUCUCCUGUCCUGGGAGACGUGGCCACCCUCCAAGCAAUGUUAAAGGGGGAGUAAGAGUGCUGAGCAAGACUGGGGAGCUCUGCUGGUCCACUGUGUAGUAGCGUCAGGCAGGGGGGACAGACAACAGAUGGGGCUAUCUUGGGUGCCUGGGCAAGAGACUGGACGCCAGAAGCAUGCUCUGACUGCUCUUCACUCAGCAUUUAAUUGCAACUCAGCCUCAUUCAUCUACAUAUGGGGUGUGGGGAGAAGGACGCUUGAGGCCCUUGCAGAUGGGAGGGAGGGAAUGGACAGAGGCUGUACAUAGUAAUCCUUUUGCAGAUAAUUCCUCUUCUGCUCAGAAGGUAUAAUGUGGUUUUCUAUAUUCCGUUGUUUCUCUGUCACUGGUGCUUAGGGGUGACCUCAGUAAAUUUCUCAAUGUAGCCUUUCAAAGCUCUCCAACUUUGCAUUUUGAGAGAGAUCCAUUCCUUGUCACCUGUGUAACCUGAGAUCACGUCAGUCCAGCAUGUUCUUGUCUCCUCAUUCACUGUAGCAAGAGAAUAUGCUCUUGUUAACAGCGGCACUGCCACUGCUUUCUUCGCAAUCUAUGCAAAGAAGCUUGACAUUCAAAUCCAUUUCAAGAUGCACGUCCAACCACAGAACAUGAGUUUUUGGUUUUGCACAAGAUUCACCAGCUCUUCUGGAUGAGAACAGUUGAACAAGAGAGUGCGAGCAAGAGUGGUGCAUUCAUGUGGAAGUCAGAUGUGAAUUUUAGACAUUGCUC